CCUAGGCGUGAUAAAAGGCCAAAGACUCUUAGGUUUUUGGCUCUUUGCAGAAUCUUUGAGUGACACAUACCUAGCUAUCACCUCAAUGGAUUACUAUUUUGGAAACCUUAAUCCUAACCCUUAUUACCAUCACUCUGCCGUAGUGAACAUGGCAUCUCCCUCCUCCGAGUUCAUGUUAUCUGAUUAUCUCGUGUUGGAAGAUGCUCUUGUUGUUGAUCAUCAUCAAGAGUCUUGGUCACAAAGCACUGAAACUGAAUCGUCGGAGAAAGCAACCUCCAGCGAUGCAAGUCAUGGGUUCGGUGAUGCAACCUCCAACACCAACAUGCAUAUAAAGUGCCAAAAUAGUGGGAUUAAGGGAAAGAAUGCAGAAGUGAGUCAAAGGAUAACGUUUAGAACCAGAUCGCAACUUGAGGUUAUGGAUGAUGGAUAUAAAUGGAGGAAAUACGGGAAGAAAACAGUGAAGAGCAGUCCCAACCCACGGAACUACUACAAGUGUUCAGGUGAAGGAUGCGAUGUGAAGAAAAGGGUGGAAAGGGAUAGGGAUGACUCCAACUAUGUGUUAACAACGUACGACGGUGUCCACAAUCAUCAGACCCCGUCUACUGCCUACUACAGCCAAAUGCCCUUGCUGCAUUCUAAUCAUGAUUGGGCCCUCCACCCUUCUGCAAACUCAUAAUAUCCUCCUUAAUAUAGUAAUAUCCAGAGAUAGGAGAAUCAACUUAUACUUUUAGGAUUACUUUUUAUCUUUAUUAUUUAUUUUUUAUAAGAGAUUUUAAAAAAUAAAUAAUGAGAAUAGAGAAUAAUUUUAAAAGAAUUAUUGUUGAUGUAAGUUAAUCUCUACUCUGUAUAUAUAUAUAGUUAUUGACUCAUUUAGUAUAUUGCCUGUCAAUAACCAUUAUUACAUGUAUAUUGAUUAUUAUGCAUAUGCCAGUCCACGCUGAAUAACACCCAUCCCAGUCCCUUGCAUCUCUCUAUAUAUAGCUCCUCGUGCGCAGCAAAAGCCAAGAGGUCGUAGUUGGUAAUUAGCUAUUGGCUAUUAUCGCUUUGUCUAAUUAAUCAUAAUUAUUUCUAUAUAUACUGUAUGUAGUAUGUGUAAUUAAUCAUCUCAUUGUCCAUUCAA